AGGAAUCGGACUACCGAAAGAAUGCUGCAUCCAAUAAGUGACAAUUCUAACUGAUACCCCCUGGGAGAAUGAUAAACGUAAUAACCGAUAUAUUAGAUAUAUGACAGGAUGAGAGUCUGAGAUGAUAAUACUUCAGGUUACCUAUUGAAACCGGAAAAAUAAAACCUCAAUCAGACCGUAUCAGUUACCAAACACGUCAUUUUAUUAAAGUCUCACAUUAUUUCACCUUUAGGCUGAGGUUCAAGCAGAGUUGACAUAAUAUAUAAUAACAAAUGGUUCAAACAAAGUUGACAAUAUAUAAAAACAGCUGGUUCAAACAGAGUUGACAAUAUAUAAAAAGAGCUGGUUCAAACAGAGUUGACAAUAUAUAAUAAAAACAGCUGGUUGAGUUGACACUAGAUAAAUAAACGGGUUGAAUAGAGUUGACUCUAUAUAAAACAGCUGUUUCAAACAGAGUUGACAAUAUAUAAAACAGCUGGUUCAAACAGAGUUGACACUAUAUAAAUCAACUGGUCCAAAUAGAGUUGACAAUAUAUAAAUCAGCUGUUUCAAACAAAGUUGACAAUAUCUAAAACAGCUGGUCCAAACAGAGUUGACAAUAUAUAAAUCAGCUGUUUCAAACAGAGUUGACAAUAUCUAAAACAGCUGGUCCAAACAGAGUUGACAAUAUCUAAAACAGCUGGUCCAAACAGAGUUGACAAUAUCUAAAACAGCUGGUCCAAACAGAGUUGACAAUAUAUAAAUCAGCUGUUUCAAACAGAGUUGACAAUAUCUAUAACAGCUGGUCCAAACAGAGUUGACAAUAUAUAAAUCAGCUGUUUCAAAGAGUUGACAUUAUAUAAAACAGCUGGUUCAAACAGAGUUGACACCAUACAGCAGCUGAUUAAAACAAUAGGAUUCGUCCAGAAUUAAGAAUUCUGAAUUCCUAAUGCAGUCGGACCAAAAUACAGUCAGGAUGAAUGAAAUAGUUCCCCUCAAUCGCAGUCUAUCAAGUGGUUCAAAUGCACAUACGACAUACAAAAUGCCGUACUACGACUUUGGGUCAACCACUGAAAAUCCAUUUAAUACAACCAAGAAUUUGACAUAUAUGAACAACACAUCAGAAGAAGUCCCAGGUUAUUGGAUGGAAUCAAAGGAAGUUUACAGACAGAAAAUUGCAAUAACGGGUUCACUAAGUAUACUAGCUAUAUUAUCAAACUUGCUAUGUUUAUUGGCGAUCCGAAACAUCCCAGGUACUUGGACCCAUUCGAACUUUAUUCUCUUAAACCUAAUCACGUCUAAUAUGUUAGCGUCUUUAUGUCAUCUCUUAACAACAACACAUGAGUUGAUACUUAUUGAAAAUCAAGACCUCUGGAACGAUUGGAAUAUAAAAAUAAUGGCAGAUGUUUCUUUAUAUUCAUACAACAUGUUUUAUUCUGCUUCUGCAUUGUCACUUCUCGGUUUAGCCAUAAAUCGUUAUGUUGCAAUCUGCAAGCCUUAUCUUCAUGCUUCUUUGUUCACAAAGGCGCGCAUCAAAUGGUUCUUGCUGGCAACAUGGUUGCUUGCCCUCUUUCUUGCGCUCUUUCUAUUUUUACAAUGGCACAUCCCAGUUCCAUAUACCAUUCAUCUUAACAUGCUUAUCAUAUGGCCCUGUUUCUUUGGUCUUAUAUUCAUAAUCAUCAUCAUUUUAUACAUUCAUGUAUAUUUUGAAGCUAAAAAGGUACUGUUCGGUCGCUGUGAAAAUGUUCACAAUAUCGUAAAUAACCAUAAGGCAUUCGUGACAACACUCUUGUUGACAUGUACUUUGGUUAUAUCCUCAGUACCAUACUGGAUCGCUGUGAUCCUAUUAGUUCACCAUGACAAUUACACAUUCAGGACCGCCUGGAACUAUUUUAUGACAAAUUUACCUAUAGUGAACUUCAUGUUAGACCCGAUUAUAUACAGUGCUCGUACUAAAGAUAUACAGCAAGGAUAUUACAGGCUCGCAGUGAUGCUUUGUAAGACUCGUGAUUGGCCAUCACAAAGUAACGGUGUAAUCACAACUCAAACUUCAAUCGCGAGUGUUCAUCGCCAGAGCUCAGUGAUUUAUACGCAGCAGAACACAGAAAUAACUGUUACAUUUGAACAUAAGACGAGAGCACUGGUCAAUGAUAUCUAAACAUUAUGACAGAAAACAACCGGUGAAUGACCAGUUGAACUAUUCUAUCUGGUAUUUAUUAGCUUGAGGCUAGGAUGACAGUUUAUUAAGAUAUUUUAUAAGGCAUGAGAAUAUUGGUCUCUAUCAUAUUUCAAUGCAUGACUUCAAAUGCACGCCCAAGGGUCCAUGAUAUAUAAUCUGCCACAUUUAAACCAAUAACUAGAAUAACACAUACAGAUAUAUUAUUUGCAAAGUAUAAACACAGGACUAAAAUAAUAUAUAAUUAAUUUAUAUGUAAAUAAAUGGAAAAUAUAAAAAUCUGUAAAAUUGAAGUUUUUAUAAAUUUCACAUUGAUUUCUCAUUAAAAGUAAAUUCAUUUUCCAGUACACAUUUCCAGUAUACAGUUUGUACUUAUAUAGAGGAACUGUGAAAAAGAGUAGACAAUUUUGACACCUCUUGAUAUUUUAUAUUGGGACUUUUACUUUAUGUUCAUUUAAGUAUAUAUGUAUACCAAUUGCCAAAUUCUGAUGAAGUUAUAAAGGUGCUGACUUUUUGAUUUUAUGACAAAAAAAAGAAAAUUACCAUUUAGUAUUUAUGUAAGGA